GGAAGGUGUUUGGAACGAUCAACAGAAAAGCAUAUCAGAGAAAUCACUAUUUUCAUCCUUCUACAAUAAAGAUGCUAGCAUUAUUUUAUAAUAAUGCAAUAUAAUAGUGUAUAUAUAGAAAUCAAUGGCCUAUAGUCAUAGAAAAACAAAAUAUUAUGUGCACAAUUGCACACACUACCAUUUAUAUACCAACAACCCAUAACUGAGUUUAUCUAUGCAAUGGACUACUAUUUUGUAAACCCUCAUGCUACCCCAAACUUUGCUCACUCUACUCAUAUGAUGAUUCCUAAUCCCUCUUCUGAGUUUAUACUAUCUGAUUAUCUUAUGCUUGAUGAUAUUUGUAUUGAUCACCAUGAUCAAGAAUCUCGGUCACAAAGUACCGAAUCAUUAGAGAAGGUAACAUUCAAUGAUGUCAAUCAAGAAUUCAAUGAUGCUACUUCUAAGAACAAUAACAUAAAAUACAAAAAUGGGAUUAAGCGAAAUAAAGGGGAAGCGGGGCAAAAGAUAGCCUUUAGAACAAGAUCAGAGCUUGAGAUUAUGGAUGAUGGAUACAAGUGGAGGAAGUACGGGAAGAAGUCCGUGAAGAACAGUCCUAACCUAAGGAACUACUACAAAUGUUCAAGUGUGGGAUGUAAUGUGAAGAAAAGGGUGGAAAGGGAUAGAGAUGAUUCGAGCUAUGUGAUAACAAGUUAUGAAGGUGUUCAUAACCAUGAGAUUCCAUUUACCUCCCACUGCAGCCAAAUCUCUUUUGUUCAUUCUGAUGCAUAUAAUUAAUCAACCACUCCCCCCUCUCAAAUUGUAUUUUCCCACAUCUUUCUUUCUUUCAAUUAUUACUAGUGUACGUCAAUAUAUAAAUGAGAAAUGAAAACGGUUACCUUGUUA